AUGACCGACCGCAAAGCAGUGAUCAAGAAUGCCGACAUGAGCGAGGACAUGCAACAAGAUGCCAUCGACUGUGCGACGCAAGCCCUCGAAAAGUACAACAUCGAGAAGGACAUUGCCGCCUACAUCAAGAAAGAGUUCGACAAGAAGUACAACCCGACAUGGCACUGCAUUGUUGGACGAAAUUUUGGAUCGUACGUGACCCACGAGACGAAGCACUUCAUCUAUUUCUACUUGGGCCAGGUCGCCAUCCUACUAUUCAAGAGCGGG